GACUUCGUCGAUUAAAGUUGGCUUGAAAGACAAACAAAGCUAGUUGAGGCGCUUCAAGGCCAAGUAGACAUUUAGACUGAUCUCGCUCAACUUUUAGAUAUCGUUCUUAGAACACACAAACAGCGGUUACAGCCGGGAUCCAUUCUUAAUAGUUUUAGUAUUUUCAACAAUAUUGUGAAUGAUCGGAGGUAACGAAAUGUCCAGGUAUUUUUGCUCGUAACGCAAGUCACUUGAAAUACUCGAAAUAUAAUAGGUAUAGCUGGCAAUAUUAUAGUCUGCUUAGCAGCCCCUUUUAGCUAAGGCGUACGAGAUACUAAGCAGACUAGCAAAAUAACAGAAUUUAAAAUUAACAGAGCGCUACAGGCCUAACUACAAGGAUCAAAGGGGUCUUUGCGUCUCCUACUCUGCUAAGAGCUGCAAUCACGAUAGUGUACGGUGUACCCCUGCAAUGCAUCUUGGAUCGCACCACACGUCCGCGAUGGCACUUCUCAGCGGUCUCCACUUUAAUGCUGUUUAUCCAAUGGGGUUCGUUUGGCACAGAAAUGUCUAUGGUAUUGUGCGUAUGGAAGAAAACUAUCCCAUUUGAGACACUCACGCUUAUGGUUCUCCUAGUGUUAUCCGGGGCGUCCACAUUUACGCUAUUCCUGCUGUACUUCUACAACCCGACCUACAUAUUUGGGAAACGUGGAGAAUCAACGAUAAGCCCCGAGUUUAGCUUUGAGCCCGAAGGCAGACACGUGACUCUUGCAAUGACGAGGAAAAAGUGGGCCAGGGUCAGCGGUUUUCUCGUGUUGGGCGCCGUGGGUGUGGCGUUCAUGGUCUUUUGUGAUGCAGAAAAUACGUUCUUUGACUUUUACGGGAUUCACGGAAAAAAGGGAGAUUUGGAUGAUCUCUUUAAUCAAAACUCAAACCUCUGUAUGAACGGUACGGAGUUUAAGUACCUGUACGUAACUGGCGUCGCUGGUCUGUUUUGGGGGUUCCUCGCCACGGCUGUUUCGUGUUGUGUGUUCUAUGUCGCUUGUCUAGAUAUAGUGCACCACGUGGGCUACAUAGAAGAACUGAUCCUCAGAAGAGCACGUGAUUUCCGAGCUGCUAAAAGCUACCACGAAUGUCUCCUAAAGUACACGGACAACGUUAUUGGGACUUUCAAGUACUGGUUCUUUAUCCAUAGCGUCUUCUUUUUCCUCGCGAUUCUCUGUUCCAUCGCAGGCUGGGUGGAAGUCGUGAGUAAAGCGCUUGAACACGACAGUCACAUAGGCUCCAUCAUUCUAGCAGAGGUCGCGGGGUCUCUGGUUAUCGCCUUCAAAUACGCAUUCCCAAUGUACGCCGCGAGUCAAGUAACCAGUCGCUUUGAUAAGAUGUAUCGCCGAGUCGCGCGAGAGUGUUCGCCCAGUACGUUCCCGGAUGUAGACGUAUUUAUGAGCUACUGCUCCCGCUGCAAAGGCGGCUUUAAAUUGCUUGGCGUCAGAGUCACAGCUUGGUUGGCGUUAAUGGCAUUGUUGUCUUCCUUUGUGGGGUUUGUUCGAGUUUAACAAAUGAUAAAAUGGCGGUGAGUCUUCUGCAGUGUCCAGUUAUUCAGAGUAUUGUAUGAAAGGAUAAUGAGUUGCUCAUCUAUUUGCACAUGGCGUCCAGUCCCGUGCAACAACAUCAACCAGCAUUGUACGGUGGAACACAAAACAAAGGAAAAGUUAGCGAACUACUUCAAAGCACCACGCAAUAUUGUGAACAGUGCAUGCAACAUUGACGCUGUUCGAACAAGGCUUUAGUGCCGAAACUCUGCGAUUCAAACAUAGCUUAAUGAUUAGGACAACUGUAUUAAAAUUCUUCUUAUCGCGAGUGAUUAAUUUAAUUUUUUCAAGAAACCCACUAGGAAGAACAAACCAAGAGAAACUUUCAAGUUGAUAAGAAUUUAUUUUCCUACACGUUGAAUACACUAUCGAUUAGGGGUACUUCUUAGUAUGUCUUGAGCUACUAUAAAUAGCAAAUGUUAUCCGAAUAGAGUACUUCUUGAUCACAAUGUGUUCUUUUUUUAGAAACACAUAAUAUGCCUGAUAUGUUUUUGAAUUCAUAACAUAUACGCUCGUAAAACAGACUUAGAUUAUUCAGGUAUGGUACAGUACUUUGCCCAAGAAAGGUAAAUUCCGCUAAUUCCUCCAGACAUGCCCUGGGUAGGUCCACCACAGGCUGAUAUCAAAGUGCUUUCUAUAGUAAAGGUUAUAAGCUUGAUUCAUGUCAUGCUGAGGAAUGAAAUUAAAAAAGGUUUUAGGGUGGUUGCUGUGUUAUAUAUUGUCGUGGGGGAGUGGGGAUGAGAUUACUGUAGUAAAGCAGUCGUGAUGUAUUAGUUUGACCAAAUAAUAUGUACAGAUCAGAUGAAAAAUGAGAUACAAAAAUAAAAUAAAAUGGUCAUCGUUGCCACAAUUAUUAAACACCAAUAUCUGCA